AUACGCCGGGUUGUCAAACAGUAAAGUUUCUCUGGACCCUCCAUGCAAACUGUCAGCUGAAGACUAACUGGGAAAAUCCUUUGGCUGUGUGAGAAUUGGGGCAGCAGUUAAAAAAUACCAACAACACCAAGGUGAAAUAAAUCUAGUGGUGAAUAUCUGCAGCAACGACUCGAUAAAUCCGCCUUGCAAUCCGAGACAACACAAGGGAAUAAAAACAGAAACGCAGGAGUACAAGUCAAGCUGGAGCAUCAGAGACGAUAGUUGGGACCUGAAAACAUUGCUACGUAUUUGUGAUAACAAAAGACAGCCUGCAACCUGCUGCCCCCGCCUUCAAGGUGCCUUUACCAUGGUGACACUAAAAGAAUCAUACACUUUACAAUAAGCCAGAGGGAAAAACUCCUUGUUACAGUUGCAUUGCCUCACUUUCAGCAUCAUCUUGAUCACUUUGCUCCCACGACGGCGCUAACCUGGUGCAGCCAUGCAUCUAGAAGUGAAGGUCGCCCUCAACUUCAUCGUGUCCUACCUGUACAACAAGCUGCCUCGGCGUCGAGCUGACCUGUUCGGCGAGGAGCUGGAGAGGAUACUGAUGUCUCGUUUUGAGGGUCACUGGUACCCUGAGGCCCCUCUCAGGGGCUCCGCCUUCCGCUGCAUUCACCUGGGAGCGCCGAGGGACCCCGUGGUGGAGUUGGCCGCCAAGAGAAGCGGACUGGACACGGAGGAAGUGCGUGCAAAUGUUCCUGCGGAGCUCAGUGUUUGGAUUGACCCUUACGAGGUUUCCUACCAGAUUGGAGAGAAGGGGGCGGUGAAGGUUCUCUACCUGGAGGACCCCCCAGGCCUCGGCUGUGACAGCGAGAGGGCUGAGGGGGUGAUCAGAGAGGGUAAAGGAGAUGCAGAGGCAGAGGAGGCCAAGAGUCUGGGCUUUAACCCAGAAGCUCAGGUGUUUGUCCCAAUAGGAAGCCAGGCAUCUCCCGCCCUCAUGCCUUCGCUCUCCAGCUCUCCCACACCUCUAUCUGCCCAGUCCUGCCCUGGCCUCUUCAGCUACCCCAGCUCCAGCACACCCACCGACCCUGCUGCCCACUCCUCAAACACCUCUACCCCUUCACCUCCCAGCGGCGGGCUGCCCUACCUCUCCACUCAGCAGCCACCCUCCGCACUUCCCACCGCCCGUCCUCAGCCCAUCACCUUCACCACCGCCAGCUUCGCUGCCACUAAAUUCGGCUCGACCAAGAUGAAGAAGUGCAGUGGGGCCGGGUCGGCAGCUAGCUCUGGAGUCGUCAUACCACCUGCCCAGAGGAUGCUCACGCGCUCUCCCACCACCAUCUCAGCUCCAGAGCUGCUCAAGCACAAGCCCCUGUCUCUCUCCUUGCACUCCCUUGGAGGUCCCAUCGCCAGCCAGCUCUCUCCCAACGCCAAAGAGUUUGUCUACCCAGGAUCCCCAGGCCCGCUUUACUUUGAUGCUGACACCCAGCCCAUGCAGCCCCAUGCCAGCCCAUUCCAACCCCCCCACACUGUCAACACCCACCCGUCCUUUGACCCCUUCUCCAGCCCUCCCCCCACCCAGAGCGUGGGCAUCAUUGGCAGCAACGGAGGAAUCUCCUACAUGGAGAAGCCGCCGUUUGUCGAGGGUUUAGGAAGCUACAACCUGCAAUAUCCUAGCCAGUCCUUCCAGCCUGUUGUGCUGGCCAACUAAGCCUUCAUUUGUAACGAUAAGAAUUGUCAGAGGAGGUGGGUUUUGGACAAUGAUGCUCCAGAUAUUUUCAGUUUUUCUAACAAAUUGUUCUAAUACUAAUACAAGUUAAGAAUUAGUUUUACUACAAAGAUUUAAAAUACCACGUCCACUGAAUAAUUCAUGUGAUUUGUUUCGUUCCUCCAACCCCACCCUGCCCUUUUGUCCGUUGCCGUUACUCAUCACGUUGUGUGUGUUGGCUCUGAUGACAGGAGUGGGUGGGGUGGGGGUGAGUUCCUUUCUACCUUGAGUCGUUGCCAAUCUCUUUAUGUUUAUUAUUUAGCAUUGAAUGUUAAUGUGAGGGGCUUUUUUCCCCUUGACUUGUAGUUUAAUGGACCCGGCUCUAGUAUAGCUCUGUUUUUGCACUGCACUGUCAUGCUGUGAAAAAGGACCUCGCCAAGUCCUGCAGGGAACGACGGCUGUGGAAAGCUCAGCACUUUGCUCUGCAAUCUGCUCUGCCCUACUUGCCACAAAUACAGAGAGGGGGGCUCUGCUGUCUGUGUGUGUGUAGUCCUGUUCUGUUUUGUUGUGGCUCAGCGUGAUGGAGAGACUCAUUGUUUGUACGGUGGGCCCCGUUACCCUUGAAACGCACUCGUGCGCGGGCACAAUUUGACUCUGUUGUUGUCACGGGGCGCAUAUUGGAAGCAGUUUAUCGUCAGCUGGAAUGCGUACAUGACACGGGUUUAAAUGAAGUGGGAGCAGCGGAGGGAGCAGAAGGGGAGCAUUGGGGUGGUAAGGGAGUGAUGUAGUAGAAUGUAUUGUAUCUGUCAGGGGAAGCUGCAGCUGGAAGGUCAGGGAAACCUUGGGGAAUGUGAAAAGCAAGUCAAAUUUUUUUGCAUUUUAAGACAAUAACACUGCACUGAUACCUCAAUUAUACACACUGGGAUGUAAGUUAUGAUCUCAUACGUGAAUUCAAAUGGACGCACACAUGCAGAAACGUGCACAUGCACACAAUUCCAGUUAGCGGUGUGUGAAGGUGAAGAGGCGUAGGGGAUGCAGCAGGGAUUGUGAUAAAUGGCUUAGCAUGACUUUGACUAUGAAGGAGAGGUUUUCCUCUGCAUGGGGAGGAGAGAGGAGAGAUGGGAGAGAGGGGAAGACCAAAGGAAAGGGAGAGCGAAGCAGUUAGAGGGUUGUGUUGCCUCGGUGGCGUCCAGGCUGUAUUGGCUUAGAGAGCGACACUUUAAAACCCAGAACACGUUUCUGGUGAGCUUAAAUGGUAUUGAAGCCAAAGGCUCACACUGUUCUCUCCCUCCUCUUGAAAUUCUUCACUGAUCUUUUCUCUUCUGGCUGUUAACAAAGGAAAACCAGAGUGAUACAGUUCAGGUUGUGUGUUUUUCCGCAGUUACGUGGACAAAGAUGAAUGUGGUGUGUGGCUUUUGUGGCUUUAUUGGAUAGCGUGUCAGAUCUGUGGAAGUCUCUCGUCCCUAACAAUGGUUUGUUUACCAGCCGGGUCCAUGUGAUUGUUGGUUAGUCACUACAGGGAAGGGUAACUCUCAGAUGUCCGUUUGAGCUGUCCGGCACUUUAUUACUGGGCUCCUGAUGCUGCGUGUCGCCCACAGACACGAGCGAUACGCCAUUCCUUCGCCCUCUGUUUGGUAACAAUUAAUUCAGCUGUCAUGAAAUGCUUUAGAGAUUCAAACAGGAGCUUAAUUUGUAUUCAAAUGCAUUGCGCUGGUGAGGAGAUGCUGUUAGUCCCGUCCGUUUAUUUGAAUGUUUGCAAGUACCCAUAAAUGUUUUUGUAUAAGACGACCCGAGGACCCUUGACUUGUGCUCACGCUGGUUUUUGCAAUGUGACAGCUUGUCAUAUGCAUGCAAGAUUUUCUUUCUUUCUUUUUUUUUUGUUUCUUUUCAAGGGAACGGGGUGGGGAGGUACACAUCUCUGUAAAUGUUACGAUUGUGAGGGAAAGAUGCAUUUAUAAUUUUCUUGUUUUGUAAUUUAUUUCCAAUAUUUCUAUAUUUUUGUUUUUGCAAAAUGAUCACUUAACAUUUGUAUGAGUAAGACAUGACGAGUCCAGGAAUAUGUAUAUACAAAGUUCUUAUGUUCAGAUUCUUUGUUUAGUUUCUUACAUGCUGAGGUUAUUUUUUCAGAAAAUAACGUGAAUAUAUGCAAACCGAGACAAAAAUAAAAAGAUGUACAGAAUAAAAAGUAUUGAAUGUGUAUUGUACCUUGUACAGCAUUUGUCUAAUAAGACGGGUAAAUGUAUUCAUUCUUCAAGUUGGAGUUGAAGUUCAAGAUGUGAAUGUUUACAGUGGGAUUGUGUAGGAAAAGAUGGCUGAUAUCACUUUUCUCUCUCUGUGCUCCCAGGGCAGUCUGUCAACACUACUCCCAUAGGCAGUACAUUUAAACCAAAAAUCUCCACAUUUCAGAUUUAAUUUAGAGUGCAUAGAAUGUCCAUCUCCCCGUUUUAUGUGAAUUCACUGCAUAUUGUGUCAUCGCCCCGCUUAUUUUUGCCCCUGAAAUUGUCCAUCACCCAGUUUGUUCCCCUUUGUUUUUUUGUUUUUUUUUUUAAAGGAACAGCGCGUAAGAUUUAAGGGGAUUUAGUAGCAUCUACUGGGGAGGAUUGCAACCAACUGAAACUUUUCCCAGUUAGAAUUUCUUAAGUAUUUGUUGUUCAGGAGGUUUUUAUCAGGAGCCAAAUUAAAACCAGUAAAAACACUGAGCAGUUUCACAUACACAAUCAGUGUUCCUCAGUCGCUGUUUGGCAUAUCUGAGAGGGGCCAUGAGCCCAACACCUGCCAGUGUGGCUCAGUUUUUGUCUCUGAUAACUUACAGUUUGCUCACCUAAUUUCUGAUCCAGACGUUUAGGAGGGUUUUCCACAGAGGUCUCUUCCUCUCUAAACAAGCGGACCAGGUGAUUUAAACAGAUCAAAACACUGAAUAAAACAGUUUCAGGUUACAAAUUAGUGUUCCUCCAAUGCAGUUUGGCAUGUUGGACAUAGACUGCUAGCCCAGCACCUGCGAAUGUGUGCUCACCUUUUGUCGCUGAUAACUUAACAUCCAGAUGUUUAGGAGCAUUUAACCAGAAGCCAAAUUAUCCAUAGAGGUCUACUCCUCUCUAAAACAAAAGGACACAGUGGUUUAAACCAGUAAACACACUGAAUAAAGCAGUUUCACUUUACAGAUCAGUGUUUCUCCUAUGCUGUUUGGCAUGUCACCUUUUUUCUCUGAUAACUUAAGAUCCUGACAUUCAGAGGUUUUUCCUAGGGACCAAACUAGAUAAAUUUAAACAUCAAUAAAAACAUCAAGUGAAGCAGUUUAAUGUGAAAGAUAAAAUAAAAUCAGUGUCUUUCCAACGCUUGUGUCGCGAAGUGGCUUCUAACUACAGUGGAUGACACAGAUAUGUGAAUGGCCUCAUCUAGAGCCGGUGUUUGAUUUGACCGCUCUGGGUUGCUGCGAAACACAGACCCGCUCCUUAUGUAGAUAUAAAUGGCUCAUUCUAAGCUAACAAAAACAAUUUUUAUUUUCAGGUGAUUAUACACUAAAGCAGUGGUUCCCAACUGGCUCAAGGUCCACACAGUUUAAUACAUUCAGCGUCACACUUGCGUUUGGCCAUGUCGUCGAGCUAGUUUGCCAUUUCUGUCAAGUAGCUGUCACUCAUUCUACAGCAGGAAACAGCACUUCAGAUAUGCCAGAAAUCCACUGUAAUUCAGAAUAAAGUUUUUGGUUUUUUUU